AUGGACCUAUUGAAUUGGCUGAUUGUAUCUGGUCAUCUGUAUAGAUCAAGCGAUCUCUCUAUCCUCUAUGAUACCAUAAAGAUAACAAAGCAAUUUGGUUUAGAACGAGAAAUUAAAGCUAUUAUACCAUCAUGUCCAACGAUUAGAGGUGUAAUCAUCACAACAUUCACAAAGCGCAGACAAAGAAUCACGAGGCUUGGAAUGAUUCUGACCAAUGAAGCUAUAGAAAUGAUCAGUGACCUCUAUAGAUUAAAUAACAGAUAUGUUGACUCGUGGAGUUUGAUAUUUGAACUAGAACAGCGAAUGAAAAUUAGUGAAGAAAAUAUGGAGAAAUUCAUUGAAGACUUGAAGGAACUUAAUCUUCCCUUAGCUGUAAAAGUGCUGACAGAAGAUCUGGAGGUGAAGAUACCAGUAGAAAUAUUAGCACGUGGUCCAGAAGCACUGAAAGCAUUCAAUGAAGCUCUAUCUGAUGGUGAAACAGAAGUUAAUCAAGGAACAACCAUUUUUCUGGGUCUCGAACGGGUCGGAAAAACUUCUACUAUCAAGUCGUUUUUAAACUAUCCUUUUGAUUUAACGGAGGAUAUUACUGACGCAAUUGCAAACACACAAACCGUGUGCACCCAGGAUUCAAACAAUGAAUUGAAUUGGAAAGAAACAACACAUGAUCAUUCUGGAGUUACUAGCAUAUAUGAGGAAAAACUUGCAGAUGUAAUUGUGAAGGAAUUAUCACAGAUAGAAAAGGAGGAGAAAGUGGGAGUAACAGCAGAACCUUUAUUACCAGAUAUCGGAGUCACAGCAAAAACGUCAACAGGAGACAUUCAAGGACAAUCAUCACCUGGACCUUCCAGAAGUGCUGAUAGAGAACCAGAGAGCAAAAAUACACAACAAAUUAAUGAAGUUCCUAAAAACAUCACCAGCAUAGUUGAAGAGAAGAUGAAGUUCACAGAAGAAGCAACAACUGAAUGGCGAAAAUCUAGUAAAGAAUUCAUUAUGAAAAUCUUGGACUUUGGAGGCCAGCCGAUAUAUCAUGUGAUACAACGAAUUUUCCUGGUAUCUUUUGCCGUUGUUUGUGUAGUAUUCAAUCUGGAAGAUGACCUUGAUUCUCCCGCUGAAGUUCGAGAUCCAACAACUGGUGAAAAGUACAUGCAUAGAAUGACAAACCUGGAGUUUAUUCUGUACUGGAUUCGUUCAGUGUAUACAAACAGUAGAGAUUCAAAGAUUGAUGAUAACCAACUUUCACCGCCGGUACUAGUGAUUGGUACUCACCUAGGCAGCAUUGGAGGGAAUGAAGAAGAACAAAAAAAUGAGGCCGAAAAAAUUUUUAGUAAAAUUCGACAAGCAAUAGCAGGCAAACCUUAUGAGGCAAUGGUGUCAACUUUCUUUGCUAUUGAGAACAGCUUACCAUUCCCAGAGAGUAAAGCUUCUAGCAUCAUGAAGCAAAUCUACAAAUUCGCAAAGAAGAUGGUCAGAACUUUGCCCUUUAAAUGGUUGCUUGUUCAACAGGAAAUCCAGAAGAAAAAAAAGACAUAUAUCUAUCUACCAACCAACCAGGUUUAUAUUUGUUGUUUGUCUUAAAUAGUCAAGAUGAUUUGUUUUUAAAUAACUAUAAAUGUAUACAGACUAAAUUCUUUUUUUGUGGCAAAACUAUUCAGUUUCAAUAUUGCUACUGCUUUGCUAUAAUUAAAUCUGAUUUAUAUUAGCUGUGCCUCAUUCUACGCAAUGUUACGCAGACAGACUGGAGUACGAAUCCAAAAAAAAAGGGACACCCUCAAUU